AGAUUAAUUUCUGGAGCUUCAAAAUACAAUAUGUAUUUCAAAAUGCUUGCUCUUCAAUUGUGGAUAUUGGAACAUGCGAAAAAAUGGGAACCAUGCCUGAUUGCUGCGGAGAGGCCUUGGGGAUGACUCCUUGAAACCAGUAAGAUGCCUGGCUGUUUUAAAAAGACCUUAUUUGCCUUGGCUUCUCUAAUAAGUUUUGCAUCUUUUAUCUUGAUUGUUGUUGCAAUGGGGACCCCGAGGUGGAUGACUGGAAAGAUCCUUUGCAAAACAGGAGCUGAUUUGGUCAAUGCCACAGACCCAGAACUGGUCAAGUUCAUUGGAGAAAUUCACUACGGACUCUUUCGGGGUGGCAAAAUCCGUCAGUGUGGGUUGGGCGGGAGGCGUUCCAAAUUCACAAUUUUCCCACACAUGGUGAAAAAGCUGAAUACAGGCCUACAUGUGACGAUUAUAAUGUUCCUCUGUGUGGCCGUUUGCCUUUCUCUGGUCAGUUUUGGAUUCUGCAUACUUAACGCAAUAAAAGUUCCUUACCGGGCUAUUAAAGGUCCAGCAGGAGUAUGCCUUUGGAACUUCCUUGCAGGUGGAUUUAUAGCACUUGCAGUCACAAGCUUUAUGGCUGCUGUGAAACUUCAUCACCUCACAGAAAGAAUUGCCAAUUUUCGGGAAAAUGUCUUUCAAUUUGUUAUCCUAGAAGAACGGUUUGAAGACUGUUUUUGGCUUUGUGUGGCAAGUGCCACAACACAUGCAGUAAAUUUGCUGCUGAUAGCCAUUAGUGGGAUUAAUUUCCCUAAAAUUAAGACUAAAACAGAGGAAGCAAAUGUUACAGCAGAAGAUAUCAUGUACUAACAAUCUACACAAAAUCACUUUGGCCAGUGAACUGUCACGAUAGAAGCAGCUUCUUGGCUCUUCAGCUUUUGAUUUGGAUGGAUGAUUUUGAUAUGAGUAAAGACGUCAGUCUACAAUACCAGCAAUUAACAUAUGUGGGAAAGUGGGAAAAAACAAUGCUACAAAUAUCAUUAUUCUCAAAAGUGACCAAUAUCUGC